UCGGUUGGGAGCGUAGCCGUCACUCUGGUGGUGACUACGUCGUUGACACCCGUUCAGGUCGGAAUUUGACGUCGCCCUAUCGUCAAAAGUGAAAUUUCGUCCGUAUUUCCAAGUCGAAAUCGUAGUUGUAAAGUUUUAAAAGAACGCGGACCGAGGAUACAAGUGAGCCGAGUCGCGCCGUGUGCGAUGUGGGUCGUCUGACGUGAAUUAACCUUAAAACUAGAGAGGUUCUUUCCAAUCCCGGAAAUAAAAGAGAAAAGGAAAUUAUUUAUUAAUUGAAAUCGUGUUUUCUCUCGGUCGAUUCAUCGCGAAAGUAUGAACCCAGAAUACGACUACCUGUUCAAACUUCUCCUUAUCGGGGAUUCGGGCGUGGGCAAGUCUUGCCUCCUGUUGAGGUUCGCGGACGACACGUACUCCGAGUCGUACAUCAGCACGAUCGGAGUCGACUUCAAGAUCAGGACCGUCGACCUGGACGGGAAGACGAUCAAACUGCAGAUCUGGGACACGGCCGGCCAGGAGAGGUUCAGGACGAUAACGUCCAGCUACUACAGGGGCGCCCACGGGAUAAUCGUCGUCUACGAUUGCACGGACGAGGAGUCGUUCGCGAAUCUGAAGCAGUGGCUCGAAGAGAUCGACCGCUACGCCUGCGACAGCGUCAACAAGCUCCUCGUCGGCAACAAGUGCGACCUGACGGCGAAGAAGGUCGUCGAUUACGCCACGGCCAAGGAGUACGCGGACCAGCUCAAGAUCCCGUUCAUCGAGACUUCGGCCAAGAACGCGCUCAACGUGGAACAGGCGUUCAUCACGAUGGCGGCUGAGAUCAAGAACAGGGUCGGGCCGCCCUCGUCUGCACCGGAGAACCAGCCCAGCCUCAAGAUCGAAGACGGAAAGAGAUACACUCAAGAGAAAUCCGGCUGCUGUUGAUCUCGCGGAUGGAACGAGGCGAGACCGGACGACGCCACGGCCCGAAUCCCGUUUCUUUUCUUUAUCCAUAGCCCCAUUAAUUUUCAUUUGUAUUUGGCCAUUUAAAUAAAUUUGUCUUGGUUUUUC